AUGGCUGACAGCAAGGCCAAACCUGCCAAAGCUGCCAACAAGACACCACCCAAGUCCCCAGGAGAACCAGCCAAGGACAAGGCUGCUAAGAGGUUGUCACUGGAGUCAGAGGGUGCCAAUGAGGGGGCAGCUGCAGCCCCUGAGCUCAGUGCCCUGGAGGAGGCCUUCCGGCGGUUCGCAGUUCAUGGAGACACCAGGGCAACAGGGAAGGAGAUGCAUGGCAAGAACUGGUCGAAACUGUGCAAGGACUGCCACGUGAUCGAUGGGAAGAAUGUGACUGUCACUGAUGUGGACAUUGUCUUCAGCAAGAUCAAAGGGAAGUCCUGCAGGACCAUCACUUUUGAGCAAUUCCAGGAGGCGCUGGAGGAGCUGGCCAAGAAGCGGUUCAAGGAUAAGAGCAGCGAGGAGGCUGUGCGUGAGGUGCACCGGCUCAUUGAGGGACGAUCACCAGUCAUCUCUGGUGUCACGAAAGCUGUGUCCUCGCCUACGGUGUCACGGCUCACAGACACAACCAAGUUCACAGGCUCUCACAAAGAGCGCUUUGACCAAUCAGGAAAGGGCAAGGGCAAAGCUGGCCGUGUGGACCUGGUGGAUGAGUCAGGCUAUGUGCCUGGCUACAAGCAUGCAGGCACCUAUGACCAGAAGGUGCAGGGGGGCAAGUAGCCUUACAGGCCAAAGCUCUGGACA